GCCGCCGCCGCCGCCUGCGUUGUUGUGCCUGAGAGGAGCCCGCCGAGGCCUCCGCCCGCACCGCUCCGGGCCGCAGUCGCGUGACUCCGAUGGACCAGUCGUCUCCAACCUACAUGAUUGCCAAUUUAACUCCUUUGCAUUCCGAACAACUCCUGCAGGGCCUGAACCUCCUCCGGCAGCACCAUGAGCUCUGCGACAUCAUCCUUCGUGUGGGAGAUGUCAAGAUCCAUGCCCACAAGGUGGUGCUUGCCAGCAUCAGUCCAUACUUUAAGGCCAUGUUCAGUGGCAACCUCUCUGAGAAGGAGAACUCAGAGGUGGAAUUUCAGUGCAUUGCUGAGGCGGCCCUGCAGGCUAUAGUGGAAUAUGCCUACACGGGGACGGUGUUCAUAUCCCAGGACACGGUCGAGUCCCUUCUGCCUGCUGCCAACCUCCUGCAAAUCAAGCUCGUGCUGAAGGAGUGCUGCACCUUCUUGGAGAGCCAGCUGGACCCGGGCAACUGCAUUGGGAUCUCCCGCUUUGCUGAGACGUACGGCUGCCAUGACCUCUACUUGGCUGCCAACAAAUACAUUUGCCAGAACUUUGAAGACGUUUGCCAGACAGAAGAGUUUUUUGAACUUACUCAUUCUGAGCUGGAUGAAAUUGCCUCCAAUGACUGCUUGAAUGUGGUCACUGAGGAGAUGGUCUUCUAUGCGCUGGAGUCUUGGAUCAAGUACGACGUUCAAGAACGCCAGAAGUACCUUGCGCAGCUCCUGCACUGUGUGCGGCUGCCUCUGCUGAGUGUUAAGUUCCUCACGAGGCUCUACGAAGCCAAUCAUCUCAUCCGUGAUGAUCACACCUGUAAGCACCUGCUGAAUGAAGCCCUGAAGUACCAUUUCAUGCCUGAACACAGGCUUUCUUACCAGACAGUGCUGACAACUCGCCCUCGCUGCCCUCCUAAAGUGCUCUGUGCUGUGGGAGGGAAAGCUGGACUCUUUGCUUGCUUGGAAAGUGUUGAGAUGUACUUUCCUCAGAAUGACUCCUGGAUAGGCUUGGCACCUCUAAGCGUCCCUCGCUAUGAGUUUGGAAUCUGCGUCCUUGAUCAGAAAAUCUACGUGAUAGGAGGGAUUGCAACCCACAUGUGUCAAGACAUCAACUAUCGGAAACACGAAAACUCUGUGGAAUGUUGGGACCCAGAUACAAACACCUGGACGGCCAUUGAAAGUAUGAAUGAGAGCCGGAGCACCUUGGGGGUCGCCGUUCUCUCCCGGGAAAUCUACGCCUUAGGGGGCUAUGACGGACAGUCCUAUCUGCAAUUGGUGGAGAAGUACAUUCCGAAGGUUAAGGAGUGGCAGCCAGUAGCACCAAUGAGUAAAACCAGGAGUUGUUUCGCUGCGGCUGUUCUGGAUGGAAUGAUCUAUGCCAUUGGCGGCUAUGGCCCGGCUCACAUGAACAGUGUGGAACGUUACGAUCCCAGCAAAGACUCCUGGGAGACGGUCGCUCCAAUGGCUGAUAAAAGAAUAAACUUUGGUGUCGGGGUUAUGCUGGGCUUCAUUUUCGUAGUCGGAGGGCACAAUGGCGUUUCCCACUUGUCCAGCAUCGAGCGAUACGACCCUCACCAAAACCAAUGGACUGUUUGUCGGCCAAUGAAGGAGCCCCGUACAGGAGUUGGCGCAGCUGUAAUUGACACCUACCUUUACGUAGUUGGUGGACAUUCAGGGUCAUCCUACCUGAACACGGUACAGAAAUAUGACCCCAUAUCCGAUAGCUGGCUGGACACAGCUGGUAUGAUGUACUGCCGAUGCAAUUUUGGCUUAACUGCACUUUGAAGAGGAUGCACUCGAGGACUCAACUGGCACAGAAGAUGCCCAGCCUGUGGAGACCAGAAGCUGUGUUUCUUGGAGAUGGGAGA